ACCUCUGCCAAUGCAUAACGAGUCUGCGCGUGCGAUCACACACACGCGUCCGUGUCAAAAAACAUUUUUUGAGAAACAUUUUUUACGAGUGAUUUUUUGAGUGAUUCUGUGUUGUGAGUUUUUUGUUCGUGAUUUUUGAGAAAAAAUGACGCCAUCUAUGACCGUGCCGGAGUACUAUGCCGGGAAGACCCUCUUCAUAACUGGUUCUACAGGCUUCAUGGGGAAAGUCCUCAUAGAGAAGCUUCUUAGGUCCUGCCCAGACAUAAAGAAGAUUUAUCUCCUCAUGAGACCGAAGAAAGGUCAUGGAAGUAAAGAGAGGCUGGACGGUUUCAUGAACUGCCGGGUGUUCGACAAACUCAAGAGCGAGCAUCCCGAACAGUUCAACAAACUACAGGUGGUGCCUGGAGAUAUCCUGAUGGAGGAUCUCGGUCUGAGUGCGGAGGACCGGGAUACUCUUCAGAAAGAGUGCCAGGUGUUGAUGCACUGUGCUGCUUGCGUCAGAUUCGACAUGUUCAUCAGGGAUGCUGUUAACAUGAACACAGUCGGCACCAAACGGGUGCUGGAUGUGGCCAGUGGCAUGAAGCAGAUUGAGGUGUUCGUCCACGUCUCAACAGCGUACUGCCGCUGCGAGGUAGAAGUAUUAGAAGAAAGACUGUACCCCGCCAAGCAUAGACCAAAACACGUCAUAGAGACAGUCAACUGGAUGGAUGACGAGCUGUUAACCCAUUUGCAGCCUAAAAUAAUCGAACCACAACCAAAUACAUACGCUUACACAAAAUCUUUGACUGAGGACCUUGUUGCGCAACACGCAGGAAAAUUCCCCAUCGUUAUUGCAAGGCCCUCUAUCGUAACUGCAGCAUACAAAGAGCCUAUGCCUGGAUGGGUGGACAACCUCAAUGGGCCCACGGGUCUGCUCGUUGGUGCUGGAAAAGGUGUGAUCCGCACGAUGCACUGCAACGAGAACUAUGCGGCGGACAUAGUGCCUGUAGACAUGGUGGUCAACGCUUGCAUACUGCUCGGCUACACCACGGCUCUGGAGAAGCCCAAAGAAGUACAAUUCUGCAACAUAGCCCAGUCCGGGCUUAACGGAUUCACGUGGGGUGAAGCUUUGGCCUUAGGCCGCGUCCACGUCAUGGAGUACCCAUUCUCAAUCUGCCUGUGGUACCCGGGCGGAGCGCCCAGCGCUUCCCGCCUCCGACACCAGGUGACGCUGUUCUUGACUCAUACGCUCCCUGCGUAUACCGUGGAUCUGUUGGCACGAGCGUUACAGCAAAAACCCUUCAUGGUGAAGAUGCAGAAGCGCAUCCAGUCUGGUUUGGAAGUCCUGCAGUACUAUACCACCAAGGAGUGGCACUUCCGGAACGAGAACCUGCGAGCACUCCGGACCAAAGUGACUGAGGAAGACGACGAAACCUUCUACACUGAUCUCACUGUAAUAGACUGGAACACGUACAUCCGCGACUAUAUCAAAGGCGCGCGGGAGUUCGUGAUGAAGGAAGACCCCUCCACCCUACCCCAAGCCAGGAGGCUCAACAGACAAUUAUACUACUUGGACACGUUCACGAAGAUAUUUAUUUAUUCCAUCAUCGCGUAUUUCGUAUUCUCGUACCUGAAAGUACUUUUAGCUGUGCUCAAUUAAGUUCAUUGUAGUCUAAGUGUAGUAUACAGGGUGUCAAUUUGAAAUGAAAGUAUUAAUAACGUGACUUUAGUGGAAUAUUGAGUGCUAGAUUUACUCUGUGGACUAUAAACACAUAUUACCAAUAAGUAGUUCCGUAUAGUUCGUUUCAUCCACGCCCAUUCUUCCGCUAAUGUUUGAGUGUUAUCGCACGCGUACACGCUAAAUGAUGCUAAAUGAGCACACGCACACUACAAUAAUGACGCUCGGAUUGCUCGGAUCAAACUCCCCGCACCCCGCGCGACCGAGACCAAACAUUAGUGGGGCGCGUCUUCGUGGAUGAAACGAAUCUAUAAAGCCUGGUCUCCGGCGUGUUUUGUUCUACACAAUCAACAAAAAAUGUCAACAUUCAACCUAAAAAAAUGUUGAAUGUUGACAAUGAUUUUGUUGAUUGUGUAAAGCAAAACACGCGCUGGAAACCCGGCUUAAGAGUCCCCACAGAUUGCAGACUUUUUAUAGGCAGGCUUCUAAUUUUUAUGAUGAAAUGGCCGAUACCAAAUUGGUGUAAUGUGCGGACUUCUAUACUUGUUCAUACUGAUUAAUAACAGACCGACCAAACUGUCGGCCGACAGAAAGUCUGUCUGUGGAGACUCUAUUUAUACUGGCCAUAAACAAAAGAAGGAGAAAGAAAAUUAAAAUGGCGCCGUUUUUGAAUUUUUUAUUUUAUAUUUUGACGACUUUCACUGUUAUUGUGAAACAAUAUACUUCUGUGAUUGUUUUAAUUAUUUUUAGACCAAUUUUGAUUGAAUGUUUGUCAUUUAAUGCAAUUGAUCAAUUUAUUUAUAUACUGAUGUUCUGUAAUAAUAUACAUUACCUACUUCCUUUGUUGAGUAAUAUCUAUUAAUGCCUAUUAAACGCAAAUAAAUCUUAAUAAUUUCAAAUUAAAAUACCUUUUGCAUUACAACAAUCUGCUAUAUUUAUGUUUAGAUUUAUAAAGUACAAAGAAAAAUAAGCCUCCCCAACCCGUCUGGCCAGCGUGGGGAGUGUAGGACAAAUCCUCCAUUUUCUGGUAAAUUAGAGAGGGUCGUGCUCCUGCAGUCGAGACUAAAUGACCGAUGAUCUUCUUCUUAUCGUGUCGACAACAAACCUACACAGUGUCAGCCCAAAACUCCGCCACAAGAGUGGCGUUGUCAGUAGCACUCAUCAAAUCCUCCUGAGUGCAGUUGCUUGGGCACUCAGGGCACGACAUCAGGUGCUUAAUCGACUGGGGAACAAAAAUGACCGAUGAUGAUAAAUACCAACAUUUAAAUAAAAAAUGCAACUUCAUUUAUUUGCCAAACAUGUUAUCACUUACCAAAAUUAAUUCCUUGUAAACGAAACUGAUGAGUAAUGUAUUAUACGGGGUGUUUAAAUCAUUAUGAUAAUUAUAUUUUUUUUUAGUAAGAUUUCGUAUCUGUCGUUUAAAUUAAGUUAUUUUAUUAUUUUAUUUAGUUACAUUUAUCUAUGUUUAUCAUUUAUCUAGUCAUUCUAUAAUUCAAAUGAAGGCCUAGCCUACCAAUAUUCUUAAAAGUGGUGGAGCAGGCUCUAUUUGGGGCGUGUAUGUGUUUAAUACCCGUUUUCACCAUAAAUCCCUAAUUUUUAAGUGACCCCUAUCCUAUGAAAACAAAAUUCAUUUUAUGUGUUACCAAAGGGUCACUUAAAAAUUAGGGAUUGAUGGUGAACACGGGCGAAAGUGCCCUGAAGAAGUCCUAAAUCCUAAUACUCUGUUGUUUUUGUUUUUUUCACUAUUUUUCUUCUUGACUAAUUAAUAUUUUCAAUGCUCUACAAAUUGUAUUAAAUAUUUUAUAUGUAAAUAAAAUAAGAUAAGUAGGCUUAAUAAUUGGAAUAAAUAAAAAUAAUUGACGCACAUUUGAAUAGAAAUGUGAUUGAAUGUGAAUGAAAGAGUGUUUUAAUACUAUUUUCAAGUAGAUACUUAAAAUUUAUGUAAAUGUAAUUUAAUAAUAAUAAAUAACAAAAUCUUUAUUUAAAUUAGUGUUCAAUACGCGUAUAACCUUUUUUUAAGUAAAGGAAGAAAUUAAAACUUAUUUUUUUAAGAAUAACGGUACUUUUCAAAAUCGACACCCUGUAUUGUAUAAAAUAAAUUUAAUGUAUGCGAGCGAUGACUGCGUAAAUCGAAUUGUUUUGUAUUGUUGUAUGAAUAAACGGGAUAUCGUAUUAUUUCUGAA